AUGUCUUCCUCGUUGCCAGGGACGCCAGAUCCCCUGCCCAUCGACGGGCAACAACAGCAACUCUCUCCCAACGAGCCCAGGCCGGGUGAUUCCCUAUCCAGUACUCCCACUGAGACCUACGAUCAAGAUGUGUCGGACUGCGAGUCGGACGUCGAUGACGAGUCCAGCACGGACGUGGAGAAAGCAGUAACAUCGUCAACCCCAUCCGCGGCCACCCUCCCCGGGACGCCGCCGCCGCCGUCCAAAGCUAGGUAUAUUACCGAAUCCGGGGUCCUUCCCAACGACGCCGACCCCUUUGAGGCCUACGGCCUCGACAGCUCGCCGUUGCCCCCUAAGCGGUCAUCGAUCAGGGCCUACCGGUUUCUGCGAUGGAACUUUGGCUCCGUCUACCGCCGCAUCUUCACUCUCGUGUACCUCGGCAACAUGGCCGCCCUGGCCGUCUUCAUUGCCCGCCGCGCCAAGUCCGGCGAUCCGUCCGCCUUCACGCACCAGCAAGCCAGCACUGCCGUGACGGCCAACAUCCUGGCGGCCGUCAUCGUGCGCAACGAGCACGUCGUCAACGCCCUGUUCUGGAUCUUCGUCUCCCCCUGGACCAGGGCCAUGCCCCUCCGCGCCCGCACGCUCGCGGCCAAGGUGUACUCGUACGGCGGCAUCCACAGCGGCGGCGCCGUGUCGGCCACCUUCUGGUACAUCGCCUUCCUGGUGCUCCUGACCAUCGACUUCCAGCGCACCAACGGCCCCGGUCCGGUCGGCUCCCUCCGCGCCGCCAUCUACGCCGUAAGCUACGCCAUCAUCGUGCUGCUCGUGUCCAUGCUCGCCUCGGCGCACCCCGAGGCGCGCCGCAGGGUGCACAACUGGUUCGAGGGUAUCCACCGCUUCAUGGGCUGGACGGCCGUGGCCCUCUUCUGGGCCCUGGUCGUCCUCCUCGCCGCCGAUUCCGUCGUCGUCGUCGGCGGCGGCGGUGACGGCGGUAGUGGCGGUGGCGGCGCCAAGCUCGGCCGCGCCCUGGCCGCCUCCCCGUCCUUCUGGAUGCUCGUCGUCAUCACCCUCCUCAUCGCCUACCCCUGGACGCGUCUGCGCAUGCGCGACGUCGAGGCCGAGGUCCUCUCCCCGCACUGCCUCAAGCUCACCUUCCGCCACCGCGACGUGCACUACGGCCAGGCCGUCCGCCUGACCGACUCUCCCCUGAAGGAGACUCACGCAUUCGGCGUCAUCCCCGGCAUCAUUUCAUCCUCCUCCUCCUCCUCCUCCACCACCAACUCCUCCCCGUCACCAACACCAGUACCUAGUGAGAAAGCCGGAGCGGAGCAGGGCUUCACGGUGCUCGUGUCCAACGCGGGCGACUGGACGCACAAGCUGAUCAACGCACCGCCGGAGCGCAUCUACACGCGGGGCGCGCCGCAGUUUGGCGUGCUGCGCGUGGCCGCGCUCUUCUCCCCCUGCGUCGUGGUCGCCACGGGCUCGGGCAUCGCCCCCUGCCUGGGCAUCCUCGCGGCCAUCCCGACCCCGGACUCGGUGCGCGUCCUCUGGGCCACCCGCGAACCCCUCGCCACCUACGGGCCCGAGGUCCUCUCGCUGGUCCGCCGGGCCGACCCCAACGCCGUCGUGCUCAACACGGGCAAGGGCAGGCGGCCGGACCUGGUCAAGCUCGUCUACCGCCUCUGGGGGCAAGAGAGGCAGGUUGGGCGCGGCCGCGGUAAGGAGAAGGCCGAGGCUGUCGUCAUCAUUUCCAACCAUAGAGUGACGGAAAAGGUGGUCUACGGGCUCGAGGCUAGGGGUGUGCCCGCAUUCGGGGCUAUCUUUGAUUCUUGA